UGAAUACACCGUGUACGAUAUCGACGCGGUUUCGGCCGCGUGUGGUCGAGCACUUUGAAACUUCUUCAUCUAGCAUUUCGUUUGACUUUAGGGUUUAUUUUUAGGGAAUCGGUAACGAAACGUGAGGCCUUAACGUUACUUCAAAUCUAAGAUGUAUCAGGGCGUUAAGUUACCCCUGUGCCUCAUAUGUGGGUUGUAUUCACAGGAUAUCCAGAAGCACCGUCAGGGCUUUCCGUCCUCUCUGAAGCUGUCUAACGGCUAUAUUUUACCUGAGGGCAAGAUGACGCCCAACACACUGUUCGUCGGCGGGAUUGACAUGAAGGUGGAUGAGAACGAGAUCAGAGAGUUCUUUGCCAAGUACGGGUGUGUGAAAGAAGUGAAAAUCAUCACUUAUCGAGGAGGAAUAUGCAAAGGGUAUGGUUUCGUUUAUUUCAGCGAGGACGUUGAUAUCCAGACUAUCGUUGAUCAGCAGAUCAGUUUUAAAGGGAAAAAACUCAAACUGGGACCUGCUAUCAUGAAAGAGCGAAAUUCUCGUUCAGUGUCGUCUCCAAUAAUUGGUCCAUCACAGUGGGUCAGCCCCACCCCAUAUGUGUAUUGUAGCUGCUGUCCCCCAGGCCUGGCCCCGCCCUCACCUGUCUUCAAUGGAGGGAAUCAAUACAUGCAGCCUUAUUCUUACUCCAGUCCUCCAGGGUUUAUGGUCCCACCUGUGCCCAUGAACUACGCACAGACCACGUAUGCCUACCAGUAUCCCCUGCCACAGUGGUGUGGAGAGCAGAGGACGAGGCUUGUCAACCAGAACUACGUGGAUUGUGGAGUCCAGACUUUGCUAACCCUUCUGUAGCUAAACCUUCACACAACUUUUUUUGG